AAGGAGUUGAAUCUGAACUACUGUUCCAGUCAGCUCUGUGCUGUCCUGUCCGGGAGGACACCAGGAAGAGGAGCGGCCUGGAAGAGAGGAAGCAGCAGGAGCCCAAGGUUUUAACUGGAAGCCCAAACCAACAGAAAGCAACUGGCCUUGAACUAUUUCUGCUACAAAAUUCACCUGGAUGCCCGCAGGCUGUCAGCAAGAAUGAGCUACUACGGCAGCAGCUACCCGAUCGUGAAUGUGGACCCCAAGUACCCAGGUUACCCCCCGGAGCACAUCAUCGCGGAGAAGAGGCGGGCCCGCCGGCGGCUGCUGCACAAAGACGGCAGCUGCAACGUGUACUUCAAGCACAUCUUCGGGGAGUGGGGGAGCUACGUGGUGGACAUCUUCACCACCCUGGUCGACACCAAGUGGCGCCACAUGUUCGUCAUCUUCUCCUUGUCUUACAUCCUCUCCUGGCUGAUCUUUGGCUCCAUCUUUUGGCUGAUCGCCUUUCACCACGGAGACCUGUUGAAUAACCCAGACAUCACGCCCUGUGUUGACAACGUCCAUUCUUUCACAGGUGCCUUUUUAUUCUCCCUGGAGACCCAGACCACCAUCGGCUACGGCUACCGCUGUGUCACCGAGGAGUGCUCGGUGGCCGUGCUCACCGUCAUCCUCCAGUCCAUCCUCAGCUGCAUCAUCAAUACCUUCAUCAUCGGAGCGGCCUUGGCCAAGAUGGCAACGGCCCGGAAGAGAGCCCAAACCAUCCGCUUCAGCUACUUCGCCCUCAUCGGCAUGAGAGAUGGGAAACUCUGCCUCAUGUGGCGGAUCGGGGACUUCCGGCCCAACCACGUGGUGGAAGGCACGGUGCGGGCCCAGCUGCUCCGCUACACAGAAGACAGCGAGGGCCGCAUGACAAUGGCCUUCAAAGACCUCAAGUUGGUCAAUGACCAGAUUAUCCUCGUCACGCCGGUCACCAUUGUUCAUGAAAUCGACCAUGAGAGCCCUCUGUACUCCCUGGACCGGAAGGCAGUGACCAAGGACAACUUUGAGAUUUUGGUGACAUUCAUCUACACAGGCGAUUCCACAGGGACCUCCCACCAAUCCCGAAGUUCCUACAUCCCCCGGGAGAUUCUCUGGGGUCACAGGUUCAACGAUGUCUUGGAGGUGAAGAGAAAGUACUACAAAGUGAACUGCUUGCAGUUCGAGGGGAGCGUGGAGGUCUACGCCCCCUUCUGCAGUGCCAAACAACUGGACUGGAAGGACCAGCAGCUCCACAACAUGGAAAAGGCCUCCGGAGGCCGAGGAUCCGGCCUGUCGGACACCAAGGUCAGGAGAAGGUCAUUUAGUGCCGUCGCCAUUGUCAGUAGCUGCGAAAGCCCCGAGGAGACCCCCAGCUCUGCCCUGGAUGAGUGUAAGGAAGCCCCUUACCAGAAAGCUCUCCUGACUUUAAACAGAAUCUCCGUGGAAUCCCAAAUGUAGUCCCACAUCGUAAUUCCACUCCAUCCUUUUGCUCUCUAGCCAAUCACCUUAAGGCAAGUAGUUAUAAAACAGGGCUUUACAAGAACAUUAUAGCUGUGUUUCAUGCUGAUUAUAAGAGCAGGUUAAACUUGAUGAAAGAUAAUAAAAAUUAUGUAGUAUCCAAUCAAUUUUCUUUUGCUAGCACAUUUUGUAUUAGGGAUGCUACUACGCGUCAAUUGAUUAAUGUAAGUUUCAUCUCCUUUUAUGAUUCCAUAUACUUGCAUCUUCAAUUGGAGGUAUAAUAUUCCAUUGGGGGAGAAAGGUGAAAGGUAAGGAUACUGGAAUAAAUAAAAAUAGAAUAGGCAACCAGUAUCAAUAAUAAUAAUAUUUCAUAUAUCAUAAUUCAUAGUGUGAAGACAUCGUAUCAUCUAACCAAGACCCAUGCAAGGCACGCAUUUAGUAGAUUGUCAUGUUGAGAUAUUUAACUGUGGCAUCAGCUUUCCCGAUGGAGUCCCUCUGUUUGCCCCCCAGUGUGUCUUGGCAUCCACAGGAGGAGGUAGCGGCUGUGAGGAAUAGGCAGUGCCACCAACUCAGACAUUUCUCCACAGCCACUUGCCCAGGUAAUGUCCAGUGAGUGCCGGGCUGUUUUUCCUCCAACCAUGAGGCAGAAGUCAAUGGCGUUAUUCAGAGCAGUAUUUCUCCCUCAAAUGCCCCGCUUGACUCCAGCCAGGAAGGGCAGAGAUAAGGAAGCGCUUUCUGACAAGGGGGCUUUCUCCUACCUUCUCCAAGGACUAGGGAGGGAGCAGGCUCACAGAGAGAGGGUGAGGGCCUGGACUGCGAGGAACAUUCUCAGGCUCUGGGAGAAAACCUGUUCAGCAGCGCCCUGAAGGACUGCAGCU